UCAGUCCGGUCCUCCCUCCCUCCUCUCCGCUCAUGAGGAUGCUGCUGCUGGCCGCCUUUCGCCGCACUAAACCAAUGAUUUUAUGUCGGGAAACAGGGAGCCGAGGCGUGGACGAUGAAAAAGAAAAGUAAACGCUUUCGAGGGAAGAUGUAGAGCCAGCUGGUGUAAAUAUGUAAUCGCGCGCAGGGGCAGCGAGUCGAGGACGGCAGCGGUGCGGAUUCGCAGCUUGCAGCAUGAGAUAUUUGUAGCGACCAUUUUUUGCAAAUAUGGGCUCUCAAGUUGUGCAGACGCUACGCCAAGGAGUCUGGGCUUCACUGACUGGCGGAUGGUAUCAUGAUCCAGACCAGAAUAAAUUCAACAAUUCGUGUCACCUGUAUUUAUGGAUGUUUUUGCUCAUGCUUCCAUUAUCUCUUCAUUUGGCUCUUCCACCCACCACUACCACCCUCAGCAUCUACUGCACAUCAGUGACACUUUUCUUCAUUGUCAUUAAGAUGAUAAAUUAUCGCCUCCAUGUGAUGUUCGAUAAGGGCGACAUUGUAGCCCAGAAUAGUGUGCCUGACAUCAGCAAAGGUGUAGACAAGAAAAGCAACGCAUCUGAUUCCUGUCUUCCAUCUCUAAGGAAGAGCAGCACAGUUCCUGACAGUGUUGCCACAUCAGUUUUGACCAAAAACAGACCAAGUCCAGUAAUACAAGUCACAGUAAAACAAACUGAAACAGACCCUGGAUUGAUUGGAGAAUGUCCAAAAUCUGAGGAGCUGAAAAACACAGAGGGUCAGAGUGAUGUCAUCUGUAAUGACCGAUCUAGACCAGAGGCGGAGGAGCAACUCACCCCAGACGACGAUGUGUUCAGUCCCAACACUGACCAGUCUGCUCCUCUCCUUCAGGGAGAGCAGAUUCCUUCAGCCCACAGAGACAAAGCUGAGGAAGAUCUACCACCUACACCUACCAACGAAGACGACAAACCCCCAACCGACCCCAACAACAACAAUACCUCUCUAGAAAUCGCAGAAGAUGGAGAUAGACCCGAGGAAAAUUACUGCUCGGAUGAAAUCGCAGUGGUGCUGGUUGACAACUCGAGUCCCUCGGUCAACCUAGAUGAGAGCGAUACGGUGAAGAUCAUCAUCACAAUGAGCUGUGACCCACAGACCGCAGCCGAGCUGGAGGAGUCUGUCAAACAGAGCAUCUUACAGUCAGCCCAGUCCCACCAGGGAGAUCCAGACUGUCCUGUCAAAAUUCCUGUCAUUACUUUUGACUCCCCUCACGAAGCAGAGGAACCCACUGCAGAAGACGAUAAGAAAGAAGACACGCCGGUCGGAGGAGACAACUCAGUUCAGGAGAAGUCUGAGCAUCAAGACAGUCUUCUCGCCAAAGAGCCCAUCAGUUCCGACUCUGCUCAAGAAUGUAAAGAAAUAGAGAGCAAUGAGCAAGAGAUGCCCAACAUGAGCCCCCUCAUGACCAACAACAGCUCUUCGGGCAUUGAUGUGAACUCCCAUCCUGAUGAAAGUGACCCACCAGAGCUGAAGUUGGAUGCUGACGGAUUCUUGCAAAUUCCGUCAGCGUACUUGAGAUGCACUCAGAGCGGAAGGACACAUGCGAGGGGACUCAGUAUUGAUAGUGGACGAGAUGCUGUUCUUAUUAGCUACAAAGCGAAAGAUAAGCUUGGUACGAUGACAUCCUCCAAGUCAGACCUUGAAGCCAAGGAGGGACAAAUACCCAAUGAGUCUAACUUUGUUGAGUUUGUGUCUUUGCUGGAGUCGAUCAACAGCAUCAGAUUUGGAGGAGGAAAUGAGGCUGAGGAAGAGACUGAAGAGAGAAAUGAACAAAGCAUGAUGACAGAGAAGGACUCUGAUGUGUCAGAAUCCACAGGACAACAUGAGCGUCUGAAUCCCCCAAACAGUCUGGCUACAGAUACAAUGAAAACCAUUCCAGAGACUCGUAUUCCCAUUGUGUCUCCAGAAAGUCCACAGACGGAUAAAGACAGAGACCCGGAUUAUGACUCUCUGCCCUCACAAACAUCUCAAUCGGAAAGCUCUAUGCUUCAGGUCAUCUGUAGACCAGAGGCGACAUCCAAAGAGGAAGCUUACACUUUUCACACUGUUCACAGAGAGAGACCUCGGAAACUGUACAAUGAAAGAGCUCUAAACUUACCCCUUGGUGCCGAGCUCAUCACUGGCAACAUAUGCGAUCUGCUCUCCACAUCCUCAAACUCUGAGUGCCAGGACGGGUUGGCGGGAGGGCCUUCUGAAUGCCCGUUUCAGCGCCGAAUCCUGCCAACUCGCCGACUCCGGCCCAGGAGAACCCAUCCGGAAAUCUUCCAGGAGGAAGAUUCUUUAGAUGAUUCGUCCGAAACAUCAACCCAGGAGAAACCCUCAAGGAAAUUAUAUUACAAAUUAAAGGUUUUCCCUGGGAAAUGGGUGAACAUAUUGUACGAUCGAUUAACCUUGAUGGCACUAUUAGACAGGAACACGGAUAUGACUGAAAACAUGGUGGCCGUAUUUUUAGCAUUCUUGGUGGCUUUUCUGGGGUUUGUGCUUCUGAAUGAGGGCUGCUUUAAAGACAUCUGGGUCUUUCAGUUCUGCCUGGUCAUUGCUAGCUGCCAAUAUUCCUUGCUGAAGAGUGUUCAGCCAGAUGCAGCUUCACCUGUUCAUGGCCAUAAUCAAAUUGUCAUCUACAGUCGUGCUGCAUAUUUCUGUAUCUUCUGUGGCCUUAUUUGGAUUUUGGAGAUAGUGUUGAGGACCCCAGACCUCCCGGUGUCCACUUUCUAUGGCAUAACAAUAGUAACAUCAGAUGCCCUACAAUACACGCAAGACAUUUUAGUCGGGUUUACAUACUGCUUUCCAGUAACCUUUCUUCUUGGUCUCUUUCCUCAAAUCAACACCUUUGUUAUAUAUUUUUUAGAACAAAUUGAUAUGCACUUUUUUGGAGGUACAGCUGCAACUGGGCUCCCGUCUGCGGUUUACUGCAUAGUGCGCAGUCUUACAGCACUAUCUUUACUCUAUGGAUUUUGUCUUGGAGCGUUGAAGGAGCCUUGGGAUGAACAGCACAUUCCAGCUCUUUUCUCUGGCUUCUGUGCUCUGCUAGUGGUCGUCUCCUAUCAUCUUAGCCGGCAAAGCAGUGAUCCAUCAGUGUUAUUCUCAUUGAUUAAGUCCAAGCUGAUGCCUUCACUUGGCCAUGGUGAAGAAGAAGAGGAGGAAUCAGCUGAAAACACAGACCCUCUUCCAGAGAAACUAAGAGGCUCGGUGAAAGAGAUUUUACUGUCAGAUCUGGUUGUUUGCAGUCUGGCCUCAGUUUUGACCUUUGCAAUUACUGCCAGUACGGUUUUCCUGUCUCUAAGACCAUUUGUGUCCAUAGUGUUGUAUGCAGUAGCAGCCACUGUGGGCUUCGUGACCCACUAUCUGAUCCCUCAGUUACGAAAACAUCACCCCUGGUUGUGGAUCUCUCAUCCUGUGCUGAAGAGUAAAGAGUAUUCACAGUUUGAACCCAGAGAGGACGCUCACUUGAUGUGGUUCGAGCGUCUUUAUGUGGGGCUGCUGACUUUUGAGAAGUACAUUGUCUAUCCAGCCAUAAUCCUCAGUGCACUUACAAAUGAUGGCUUCGCCCUUAGCCAUCGGAAGAAACUAGGAAUACACUGUGAUGUCUUGUUGAUGACAGUUGCUGGGAUGAAGCUUCUUCGUGCCUCCUUCUGCGAUCCCAGCUACCAGUUCCUCACGCUCAUCUUCACCAUCGUCUUCUUUGAGUUCGACUGCAGCAGUGCCUCCGAGACGUUCCUGCUCAACUUCUUCCUCAUGUCCAUCAUCUUCAACAAGCUUUGGGAUCUCCUCCACAAGCUGCACUUCAUUUUGGUUUACAUCGCCCCCUGGCAGAUCGCAUGGGGUAGUGCAUUUCACGCAUUUGCACAACCUUUUGCUGUACCUCACUCUGCCAUGCUGCUGCUGCAGACAUUUAUCACAACGCUCUUCUACACGCCGCUCAGCCCUUUCCUCGGAAGUGCCAUCUUUAUCACCUCUUAUCCACGGCCUGUAAAGUACUGGGAGAGAAACUACAACACCAAACGGAUUGACAAUUCCAACAGCCGACUAGUGUCUCAAGUGGACAAAGAAACAGGCUGUGAUGACAACAAUCUGAACUCCAUCUUCUACGAGUAUCUGACGCGUUCGCUCCAGCACUCACUGUGUGGAGACCUGAUGCUGGGCCGCUGGGGGAAUUAUUGUGCUGGAGACUGCUUCAUCCUAGCCUCCGACUAUCUCAACGCUCUCGUUCAUCUAAUCGAGGUUGGAAACGGUCUGGUCACCUUCCAGCUACGAGGCCUGGAGUUCAGGGGAACGUACUGUCAGCAGCGGGAGGUGGAGGCCAUCACUGAGGGUGUGGAGGAGGAUGAUUACUGCUGCUGCUGCGAGCCCGGUCACUUGCCACAUGUGUUGUCCUGCAACGCGGCCUUCAAUCUCCGCUGGCUGGCUUGGGAAGUGACCACCACAAAGUAUCUGCUGGAGGGGUACAGCAUUAGUGAGAACAACGCUGCCACCAUGCUGCAAGUUUAUGACCUGCGCAAGCUGCUUAUUACUUACUACCUGAAGAGCAUCAUCUACUAUCUGGUGAUCAGCCCCAAGCUGCAGAUGUGGAUUAAAGACCAGACCAUGCAUGAAGCCCUGCUCUUCUACACUAAAUGGCACCACAUCGAGAAGGACCCGGCUGUGUUCAGCAUGAAGAUUGAUGAAGAUUACGUUCACUGUCUGCAGGGCGUCACCAGAGCCAGUUUCUGCAACGUCUACCUGGAGUGGAUUCAAUACUGUGCCAACAAACUAGAGGAGCCAGUGGACAGUGAUGAAGAUUCUCCUCUGGUUACUCUGUGUUUCGCUCUGUCUGUGCUUGGCCGUAGAUCCCUCAGUACAGCGGCACACAACAGAUCCAACAGUCUAGAGUCCUUCCUCUAUGGCUUCAACACACUGUUUAAAGGAGAUUUCCGCAUCGCUGCUAAGGAUGAAUGGGUCUUUGCUGAUAUGGACCUGCUGCAGACGGUUGUGGCCCCGGCAGUGAGAAUGAGUCUGAAGCUCCACCAGGACCACUUCACGAGUCUGGAGGAGACGGAGGAGCCUGCUGUGCUUCACGAGGCCAUCAGCAGCUACAGGAGCAGUCUGGUGAUCUGUCACGAGAGCGACCCCGCAUGGAGACGAGCCGUUCUGUCCAGCAGAGACACACUGCUCACGCUCCGCCACAUGGUGGAUGAAGGAGCAGACGAGUAUAAGAUCAUCAUGCUCUACAAACGACAUCUCAGCUUCAAAGUCAUAAAGCUGAAUAAGGAGUGUGUCCGCGGGCUGUGGGCCGGUCAACAGCAGGAGCUCGUCUUCCUCCGAAACCGCAACCCUGAGAGGGGAAGCAUCCAGAACUCAAAGCAAGCUCUGCGAAACAUGAUCAACUCGUCCUGUGACCAGCCGCUGGGUUACCCCAUGUUUGUGUCCCCGCUCACCACCUCCUAUAUGGGCUCCCACAAGCAGACCAGGAACAUCUGGGGCGGCCCGUUCAGUUUGGACAGCAUUCGCUCAUGGCUGCUCUCCAGAUGGUUUCGGGUGAGAAAAGAUAAUCUUACCAGCUGUAACAGCGGCAUGAACAUGGAGGAUGUGGACUGUGCUGGAUCCUCAAUGAGCCAGAAUCAUAACUCUGCCACGUCCCAGAGCCUGAGUCUCUAUCACGGUCGACCUCGAAGCUCACAGUCCAGACAGCAUGCAGCUCAUCGUGAAUAUCGUAGCCGUUCAGUGCAGCCCCAGGCCCAGCGUCCCCCCGUCACCAGCCGAUCGGGCCCCAUCCUGGACAGCCAGCACGGCUCUGCCUCUGGAGGGCCCGGUCUGGUGCAGCGCCUCUCUAACAGCCAACUGUCCUUCAACACCUCCUCCAUCGCCUCUGUCUUCUCGCAGGUGCCUCGUCUGUCCACCACGGGGCCUCUGGUGUCAGCGGCAGGACCUCAUCGCUCCGGCCAGGUGUCUUCCUCCAGUUCCACACUCAGCCUGCUGUUUGGCAAGCGCAGCUUUUCUAGUGGACUGGUCAUCUCAGGCCUCUCUGCUGCAGAUGGGGGAAACACUAGUGAUACGCAGUCCUCAAGCUCUGUCAACAUCGCCCUGGGCCCAUCCUGCCGCUCCAGCCGAACAACACAGCAAUGGACAUCAGAGGCGUAUGAGAGCAUAGACGCCUCCUCCACCAUCGCCACAGGACCCAAAGUCCACAGCACUGACAAGAGCCUUGACGAAUCAACUUCGGCUUUCCAUGAGGCCCCAGAAGAGAGGACCAUCUGAAACCUCAAGCAAUGUACAGUACAGACAUCUUUUCUACAACCAAACAUCUGCCAUGUGUAGAACUGAAAGUAUCCUGUUUAAGGGAAAAGAACCGCUCUUCCAAAAAAGAAUAAAAAGAAGAAGCUUGUUCAGAAGCUUGUUCCUCUCCAUCUCUUGAGAUGAAUUGGUGGAAUCUGAUGGCUAUCUGACAAAUCUGAUAUGUAUUUACAUUUGCACUUUGAGUGCAUGCACUUCAUCAACACCAUCACUCACUGCGGUGAUUCUUUUUUAUACAGUGGCGAAAUAAAGUAUAAAUAAUGUAAGAUCACGUCUAAAGAAAGUGUCGGGUAUGGUUACAUAGUAGAUUUCCUGCACACUACUGUCUUGAAUUGUGUUGUGAUCCAGAUGUGUCAUUGGUAAAUAUUAACAUAAGGAUUCUGAACUGGUUACUGAUGCACUGACAAGGAAAAUGUCAAUUGUGUAAAUCUGCUAAAUACUAAAAAAACACCUCAGAGUUGCCAUUUUCACACUUUGGCAUAUGCACUUUUUUCUUACAAUAUUUUACCAUUAGUAAGAAGAUUAUUAACUGGUAAGAUGAUUAACUGGUUCCUGAAAAUUGUUGUAAUCUUUACAUCCCAGAGUGUGGAAAGCACAAUCUAAAAAAAGGGAAGAUUGUGCACAUUAUUAAAAUAUCCACCUAAAAUGAUUUUCCUGGAUCUGGAACUACACUUGACGAAAGCAAAAUGUGUUUUUACUAUGGGAAACGUGGGACUUCCAGUAUAUUUCUUAUGUGAAGCAGGGGUCUGUGAGAUGUGUUGUAAUAUCAAAUAUUUCAUGGUACAGUACGUCUAGCCCUUUAAUAAUACUUGCAUAUUAUAAUGCUUCCAUAAACAGGAAGAUCUCAAAAUCAUAAAAAAUCCACUCCAUAAUUCAGUUUGAAUAAAAAAAGCUGAAAAAGA